CCUGCCGCUGGAUCACUUUGUCCGCUCCGAGACUCAAAGUGCGCAAAGAGGAGGAAGAUGUCCGACGUGCAGCUGCUGCGGGUGUCGGUACAUGAGCGGAUCAGCGCCGCCGCCGAAGACUUUCUACUGCAGCUGGAGAAAGGAGGAGAAACGGCUCGAGUCCCGGCUCUGAGAGCGAUGCUAACCGAGCGGCUAACGACUGCGGGGGAGGAGAUCCUGGCGGUGUUCGAAGACAAAAUGGAGCGGUCCCAGCGGGAGAUCUGCCGCGAGAGGAGGCUGCUGGAGGCCGUGAUGAAGCCCGAACUCCGGCUGCACCGAGUUGUUUGUCCUGCAGACGUACAGCCGCUGAUGGUGAAUAAAGAAGAGGUUCCCCCUGAGCAGCAGCAGUGGAGCCCCCUUGUUGACCAGGAGGACCCAGAGCCCCCCCACAUUAAAGAGGAACAGGAGGAACAGUGGACCAAUCAGGAGGGAGAGCAGCUUCAACAACUUGAGCAGGCUGAUAUCAAGUUCACAUUGACUGCUGUCACCAUGAAGAGUGAAGAAGAUGAAGAGAACCCAGAGUUGUCAGAGCUUCAUCAGAGUCAGACUGAGGAGAACAGAGCGGACUGUGGAGAACAAGAAUCAGCCAGGAACUCAGGUCCUGAUGGACAUUUACAAAAAGGUACUGAGGACAAGACUGAAGACUCUUCUGAGACUGAAGGCAGUGAAGAUGAUUGGAUGCAGACAUGGGAGCCUCAGUCUUGUUUAAAUACAAAAAAUAACAAACACCCUCUAAGUGAUAUGAAAAGUAAAACUGUUUGUCCUGCAGACGUACAGCAGCUGACGGUGAAUAAAGAAGAUUUCCCCCCUGAUCAGCAGCAGUGGAGCCCCCUUGUGGACCAGGAAGACCAAGAGCCCCCCCUUAUUAAAGAGCAACAGGAGGAACCGUGGACACAUCAGGAGGGAGAGCAGCUUCAACAACUUGAGCAGGCCGAUAUCAAGUUCCCAUGGACUGCUGUCACUAUGAAGAGUGAAGAAGAUGAAGAGAAACCUGAGUUGUCACAGCUUCAUCAGAGUCAGACAGAGGAGAACAGAGCGGACUGUGGAGAACAAGAACCAGCCAGUAACUCAGGUCCUGAUGGACAUUUACAAAAAGAUACUGAGGACAAGACUGAAGACAGUGAAGAUGAUUGGAUGCAGACAUGGGAACCUCAGUCUGGUUUAAAAACAAAAAAUAGCAAACAACCUCUAAGUGAUAUGAAAUGUAAAACCGGUAAGAAAGAAUUUGGUUGUUCUGAGUGUGAUAAAAGAUUCAGACGAAAGAGACAUCUAACUGUACAUAAGAAGAUUCAUAAACGAGAGAGACCAUUUAGUUGCUCUGAGUGUGUUAAAAGAUUCAGACGAAAGAACGAUCUAACUGUACAUAUGAAGACUCACACAGGAGAGAAACCGUUUAGUUGCUCUUUGUGUGAAAAAAGAUUUUUUCAAAAGGGCGAUCUAAAUGUACAUAUGAGAAUUCAUACAGGAGAGAAACCGUUUGGUUGUUCUGACUGUGGUCAAAGAUUCAUACGAAAGAACCAACUAAAUGUACAUAUUAGGACUCAUACAGGAGAGAAACCAUUUAGUUGCUCAGAGUGUGGUAAAAGAUAUAUUCAAAAGGCUGAUCUAACUGUACAUAUGAAGGCCCAUACAGGAGAGAGACCGUUUAGUUGCUCUGAGUGUGAUAAAAGAUUUUUUCAAAAGAGCGCUCUAACUGUACAUAUGAGGGUUCAUACAGGAGAGAAACCCUUUGGUUGUUCUGAAUGUGGUCAAAGAUUCGGACGAAAGAACCAGCUAACUGUACAUAUGAUGACUCACACAGGAGAGAAACCGUUUAGUUGCUCUGUGUGUGAAAAAAGAUUUUUUCAAAAGGGCGAUCUAAAUGUACAUAAGAGAAUUCAUACAGGAGAGAAACCGUUUAGUUGCUCUGAGUGUGGAAAAAGAUUUUUUCAAAAGAGCAAACUAACUGUACAUAUGAGAAUUCAUACAGGAGAGAAACCAUUUAGUUGCUCAGAGUGUGGUAAAAGAUGUAUUCAAAAGGCUCAAUUAACUGUACAUAUGAGGGUUCAUACCGGAGAGAAACCCUUUGGUUGUUCUGACUGUGGUCAAAGAUUCCGAGGAAAGCACGAACUAACUGUACAUAUGAGGACUCAUACAGGAGAGAAACCCUUUGGUUGUUCUGACUGUGGUCAAAGAUUCAUACGAAGGUAUAAACUAACUGUACAUAUGAGGACUCAUACAGGAGAGAAACCCUUUGGUUGUUCUGACUGUGGCCAAAGAUUCGUACGAAAGUACAUACUAACUGAACAUAUGAGGAUUCAUACAGGAGAGAAACCCUUUGGUUGUUCUGACUGUGGACAAAGAUUCGUACGAAAGAACCAACUAAAUGUACAUAUGAGGACUCAUACAGGAGAGAAAGCAUUUAGUAGCUUGUAGUUUGGUUAAAAAAAAAAUUAGACUAAUGGGUAUUCUAACUUCACUUGAGUAGUAAUAUAGGAGAGAAUGAAUUUACCUGCUCUGUGUGGUCAAAGAUGUAAGCUGCAUCAUUUGCACCUGUUAUUAUCAGUUAAACAAUUUCUUUCUCCCUGGAAAAUAUAACUUAUUGAAUAACAUGAAAGAUUUGGUAUUUCUUGUUUCUACUGACUUGAUUUAUGCCAUAUAUAACAUACCCAUAUAUACUUAAUGCAUUUUUAAUAAUGUCCUCCGUUUCUGGUAAAAAGUUUGUCCCAAAUUGACAGCUGAAUAUACAUUAGAGAAGUCAUACAGGAGAGAAACUGUUAAAUUGCUCCUAGUGUGGUUAAAGAUAUACACUAAUGGGCAAUCUAACUGUGUAUACGAUUAGUCAUACAGCAGAUCAUUAAUUUACUUGCUCUCAGUUUUGAAAAAGAUCUCACUGUAGGUACAAUGUAAAGAGACAUGAAGAUUCAUACAGGAGAAAAAUUAAUCGUUGCAACAAAAUAUUUACAUAAAUCUAUCGGUAGCAAUCGAUAUUAUCCAUAUUCAUAGUUCACUGUUGUAAAAGAGAAUUAAGAAACCCUCCACCUGUUUUUUGCAGAGUUAAACAAUGUUUAUGUUCCUACAAAAUACAGUUCAUUGAAUAACUUGAAAGAUUU